CAAGGAAGUGGUGCUUGUUUUCAUGAAGGUGCGGUGUGUGCAGUGGAUGCUGCAGGGCUCGUCGUGUGCCGUGCACUGGGCGGCUGGCAUUGCCCGUCGACCACCACAGCCUCCCUUCUUGCUCAGCCUUCCUCUUUCACCCAGUUCUGUGUUCUCCACGGAUAACUCUGAUUUCCACACUGAGCAGUAAUGUGACUGACGCUGACAUUGCCAUCUUCUAUGAAGAACACCUAUCCUUCCAAGCAUGGUCUGCCCGCUGGGCAUCUAUACAACCUGCUGCCUACAUGCGAUGCUACAUGUAGCUACAUACAGCAGAGCCUGUUACACGUCUGAUACAUACCCUUACUAAUAACUGCAUAUCUCAGGCCUCUGUUGGGAGGACUCCCCAUACUUCACCAUGUCCCACGGAGUCUCCCCCCCUCUCCUUCUGUGGGUGGAAGAUAUGUGUUUAGUCAUGUUCCUGCGGACUCGUAGGCUGAUUCUUCAGACUGGGAUUUUAUUUUGUGUCCUCCUUCUGCUCCUCUGGGUGUCAGUCUUCCUAUACGGCAGCUUUUACUACUCCUAUAUGCCGACUGUCAAGUAUUCCACCCCAGUGCAUUACCAGUACAGCUCCACGUGUGACCCAUCACCUGGAAUCCUGUGUUCCUUUCCCACAGCUAAUGUAUCACUGCUGAGAAAUAACCGUGACCGGGUACUUAGGUAUGGGCAGCCGUAUCGUUUAACCCUAGAGCUUCAUGUACCUGAGUCUACAGUCAAUCAAGACCUUGGGAUGUUCAUGGUUUCAAUGUCGUUUUACACCAAAGGGGGAAAGGAGAUUUUUUACACUGCUCGAUCUGCAAUGCUGCACUACAAGUCCCCUCUCCUGAAAACAUUAGAGACUCUGGCCACGUUUCCUUUGUUGCUGAUGGGGUUUUCUGAGCAGAAGCAAACUCUUGAAGUUGAGCUGCACUCUGAAUAUCGUGAAGAUUCGUAUGUCCCAACCACUGGGGCAGUGAUACAAGUGCAGAGUGUCCACAUACAAAUAUACAGUGCUGAGCUCCGGGUCCAUGCACAUUUUACUGGUCUAAGGUAUAUACUGUAUAAUUACCCAGUCAUUUCUGCUAUAAUUGGCAUAACCAGCAACUUUGUCUUUAUGAGUGUCCUAGUGUUGCUCAGCUAUCUGCAGUUUGCAUUUGGAAGAUCUCGUAGCAGGGCUGGCAACCGGAUACAGAGUGGCACUGAAACAGAGAGAUCUGAGACCCAAGAAGGCAGAGUUUCUCAGACAGAGCGCAGUGAGACACUAGACACAGAAACUCUUGGUCAAGUAGAAGGCACUAGAGGAGACCCUUCAAAUGACACUGGAAUGACGGAAGAGAACGAUGACCAAGAGGAAUUUGACAUAAGUUUACCUGAAGACAUAGACCUCCCUGGAGCUUUUGGCACAAAUGUGGACAUUCAGAAUGAGUCUCAGACUGGAUUAACACUUCGUCAGAGGAUUACUCAGUGCAGUGCACACUGAAAACCAGUACAUUUGUUCACCCCAUUUUGUUAGACUGUUGGCAGUGGUUGAGUGGCAGAGCUGAUCCUGAUUAGUUAGGGCACAUUUUGUCUCAUUUAUUGUCUGGUUGCUUCUCUCAGCAUGUUCUGUUCCACCGUUGUUCCACCACUGCCUCAGUGCCACCACUUACUAGAUUGAUCUGGAACCUGUUCGAAUACAACACCCAUCAUGACCUGAAAGCCGCAGUGUCCCACAGGUUGAAGAUGCUGGGUGCGGUUUAGGUUAAUAGAAGAAAAUUGAAACCUUGUUCCUAACAUGGGACCUGAAAGCUGAACUCUAUUUCUUGACCUCUCCAUUUACUAUGAUGGUUAGUAAUUUCCUUAUCUGUAGUUUACACAUACAGAAUCAUCCAACUGCUUUAUUUUUCUGUUUAGGUUUAUGCAAUUCUCCUAGGAUUCUGACAUGUUCCUCUUUUCUUGUAGUAAUUCCUAUGAACCUCUUCUUACAGCUCUCUUUUCACCACUACUUUUUCUGAGCUUAUCUUGCACCAGCACACAGAAGAAUAUGGUCUUUCAUUAAGUGAUGACUCACCUAUCUUAAGAUGUACAAACCCAUACCCAGCAGCACAUUCCACACACUUAGAGGAAGUCUCCUCCUUACCUCUAUCACUUCAACUUUUCCCAAUCUGGCAGUCUUACAAACACACCUUAUGAUCUAGCAUGUAGUAGUACGCUUAGAAAUGUGUCCAGACACGACAACGGCAUACCUGAGGUUGUUUCUAGCUUUUGUCUGUUCCGACUGCAUGUACUUAUCUACACACUAGUCUAGUCAUGGCCAUAAUACCAACUUAAAGGGGCACAUCUACCAAUUCUACCACUUAUCAUGAUAGAUUCCAAUCGUGCAUGACCGAUCGUGCAUGAUAAGCGAAGCCAAUGGCUAUAU